CCUGCAAAAUCGAAAAAAGUACACAAAGUGGUUGAGAAUUCAUUGUCUAUAAACAGUCCAGCAUUCUUCAGCUCCGUGGGACCUCCUCUUCGGUCGACAACCUGCCAUUGCUGUGGACUGUUUGGGUCUCUGAGGUGUUCCCAGUGCAAGCAGACAUACUACUGCUCCAUAGCGUGCCAGAGGCGGGACUGGUCGGCCCACAGCAUCGUGUGCAAGCCUGUUCAGCAAAAUUUCCACAAACUUGAGGAUAAUAAAUCACCUUUUGAAACGAAGAAUGUGGACGUGAAAGACGAGAGAGACUGUCCUCUUGGAGUUACUAAAGAAAAAGCCCUUGGUGCUGAUAAAAUAAUGUUUUCUGAUUUGAGAAGCCUACAACUCAGCAAAACCAUGGAAAUAAAGGGUGCAGUUACUGAAUUCAAACACCCAAGUGACUUUUAUGUGCAGUUAUAUUCUUCAGAAGUUUUAGAAUGCAUGAACCAACUCUCCGCGAGCUUAAAGGAAACAUAUGCAAAUAAGGUGCAUGAAGAAGAUUAUAUCCCUGUGAAGGGGGAAGUUUGUGUUGCCAAGUACACCGUUGAUCAGACCUGGAACAGAGUAUUAAUACAGGACGUUGAUGUGCUACAGAAGAAGGCACAGGUCUUGUAUAUUGAUUAUGGAAAUGAGGAAGUAAUUCCAGUAAACAGCAUUCACCAACUAAACAGAAACAUUGAUUUGUUUCCUCCUUGUGCCAUAAAAUGCUUUGUGGCCAAUGUUAUCCCAGCAGAGGGGAGUUGGAGCAAUGAUUGUAUCACAACUAUUAAGUCACUGUUAAUGGAGCAGUUCUGCUGUGUAAAGAUUGUGGACAUCUUCAGCGAGGAAGUGGUUACCUUUGCUGUGGAUGUGAUGCUGACAAGUUCAGGAAAACUGUUAGACCACGUGCUCAUAGAAAUGGGAUAUGGCUUGAAACCCAAGGGACAAAAUUCUAAGAAGCAAAGUGCAGAUUCAAGUGAUCUCGAAGAUGUUGGGAAAAUGACAGCUGAAAACAAAAUUGUUGUAGACAGAAGUGACCUAAUCCCCAAAGUGUUGACUUUGAAUGUAGGUGAUGAGUUCUGUGGUGUGGUUGCCCACAUUCAGACUCCAGAAGACUUCUUCUGUCAACAGCUACAAAGUGGGCAUAAGCUGGCUGAACUCCAGGCAUCACUUAGCAAGUACUGUGGUCAGGUGUCUCCACGGUCAGAUUUUUAUCCGACCAUUGGUGAUGUCUGCUGUGCUCAGUUCUCAGAGGACGGACAGUGGUACCGUGCCUCCGUCCUGGCCUAUGCUUCUGAGGAGUCUGUGCUGAUCGGAUACGUAGACUAUGGAAACUUCGAAAUCCUCAGUUUGACAAGACUUUGUCCCAUAACUCCAAAGUUGUUGGAGUUGCCAAUGCAAGCUAUCAAGUGUGUGCUGGCAGGAGUAAAGCCAUCAUUAGGAAUUUGGACUCCAGAAGCUAUUUGUCUGAUGAAAAAUAUUGUACAGAACAAAAUGAUGACAGUGAAAGUGGUGGACAAGCUGGAAAACAGUUCCCUGGUGGAGCUGAUAGAUCGGUCCGUGACACCUCACAUCAGUGUCACCAGAGUGCUCAUCGACACAGGCUUUGCUGUGGGGAACAAGGGGGUGGUGGCAGAUAAGCCCGGUGACGUGAAGGAAACUGAUGUUCCCUUGGGUGUAGAAGCAAAAGUGAGUCCGUUGGAGUGGACAUGGGUUGAACUUGCCGUUGAUGAAACAGUAGAUGUUGUUGUCUGUAUGAUGUAUAGUCCUGGAGAGUUUUACUGCCAUGUGCUUAAAGAGGAUGCUCUGAAAAAACUCAGUGAUUUGAACAAAUUGCUAGCAGAUUAUUGCCAGCAGAAGUUGCCUAAUGAUUUUAAGGCAGAAAUAGGGCAACCUUGUUGUGCUUUUUUUGUAGGUGACGGUAACUGGUAUCGUGCUUUAGUCAAGGAAAUCUUACCAACUGGAAACAUUAAAGUACGUUUUGUGGAUUAUGGAAACACUGAAGAGGUUGCUGCAGACGAACUCCAGAUGAUCCCAUCAGAAUUUUUAGAGCUUCCAUUUCAAGGGGUACAGUGCUGGCUAGCAGUUACACAGCCUAGAAACAGACAUUGGACUAAAGAAGCCAUAGCAAGAUUCCAGGCGUGUGUUGCAGGGAAAAAACUCCAAGCCCGAGUGGUUGAAAUCAGUGAAAAUGGAGUGGGAACUGAACUCACCGAUCUUUCCACUUCUUAUCCCAGAAUAAUUGAUGAUGUUCUGAUUGAUGAACAUUUGACGUUAAAAGCUAGUUCACCACAUAAAGACUUAGCAAACAAUAUACCUGUUAAUAAACAUGAUCUUCAAAUCGAUGCCCCAGGCCUUCAAGCCAUCUCUUCAGCUGAGCAAUGGAGGACAAUUGAAUUGCCAGUGAAUAAAACUGUACAAGCAAGUGUAUUAGAAAUCGUAAACCCAAACUUGUUUUAUGCUCUACCAAAUGAAGUGGCAGAACAGGAAAAACUGUGUGUAUUGACAGCUGAAUUGUUAGAAUAUUGCAAUGCUCAGAAAAGUAGAUCGGCCUAUAGACCAAAAAUUGGAGAUGCGUGCUGUGCCAAAUACACAAAAGAUGACUUCUGGUACCGUGCCGUUGUUCUGGGGACAUCGGAUGCUGAUGUGAAAGUGCUCUACGCGGACUAUGGAAACAUUGAAACUCUGCCUCUCUGCAGAGUGCAGCCAAUCCCUGCCAGCCACCUGCAGCUUCCUUUCCAAAUUAUUAAAUGUUCUUUUGAAGGACUAAUGGAAUUGAAUGGAAGCUGUUCUCAAUUAAUGAUAGAACUACUAAAAAAUUUCAUGUUGGAUCAGAAUGUAAUGCUUUCUGUAAAAGGAGUUAUCAAGAAUGUCCACAUAGUUUUGGUUGAGAAGUGUUCUGAGAACGGUACUGUCAAUAUAGCUGAUAAGCUGGUGAUGUACGGUCUGGCAAAAAACAUCACAUCGAAAAACCAAAGUGCUUUAAAUAAAGAAAAGAUGAACAGGGUGAAUUGCUGCUGCACAGAGUUGCAGAAACAAGUUGAAAAACAUGAGCAGAUUCUUCUCUUCCUCUUAAACAAUCCAACCAAUCAAAAUAAAUUUAUUGAAAUGAAAAAAUUGUUAAAAAGUUAAGUAAGUUAAGUUAAAUUUAUGGUUUUUUUCACUUCUGUAACCACCAACAGGACAUCUCCAGUCAUGUUGUCAGGGCAGAGCUAAUGGGGUGAAGCACAUUUUGAGGCUGUACUUUAUUUUGUGGUCUAAUGAUCCCGAGGUCUGGCUGUAACAUUUUUGCUGCCUUCCUAGGUUUUGUUUGCUAACCUCACGUUGACCCUACUAGUGGGGCUGAGUCCAGGGCCCUCCGGGUUGCAGCCUCCUUUCCUUACUGUGGUUUGACCUAGAGAGAUGCAGGGACUUGUAAGAUUGUUGUGAGAUGAAGCUUAACCUGAAAUUCCUUGUUUCUGGAGUGAAAUUAACUCUCCCCGGUGUGCACGUCUGUAAAAACAGCACUUUUUGUGAAGAGGUCCUAAGGGGCCAAGAAUGGAAAAUGGGCUUCACUGAUAGAAAAUUUCAUUUCAAAACAAAGCAUUCUCUUCCUCUUUUGUCUGUGGUGAUUGUAGGAGUUAAAGAUAACGUGAGUGAGUUUUGCAUAGUGACUCCCCCACUUUUUUGCUGUCUGGGAUCCUUUGUUCUAAGAUGGCCCCCAGAAAUUACUUUGUGAUCACUAGCCAAUUAGAACUUCUGACCAAAAUGAAAUUGUCCUUGCCAAAAGCAAGGGAUCUAUGACUUAUUUAAUGCGUGCACUCCUGUGGGCUGAAGUGCAGCUUAGAUCCCAGCACUUGCAGAUGGCUCCCGGGGCCCUUCUGCUCCCUGGGGCCCUGCAGGCUGGCUGCUCUCAAGGAGGUACCUGCUGGGCCAGACUGUUCUCCACAUGGUAACAGACAGUUGUUCUAUUUCUGCUUCUAAGGAAGUACGGCUAAGUUCUGAGCUAAAUGUCAUUCAUGCAAAAUCAACAGUUUGAGUCUCAUGAUUUACUUGGAGAUAAUUUAUUUCUUUUACUUCACAAGUUUUGGUUUAUUUUUAAUAAAUGCUGAAUUACAAUUGCAGUGACAACUUCCAGUCCUUUCUAACACAUUAAGUUUUUAAACUGACUGCUGUUUUGUGUAAAGUUUAAAAUCUUAAAUUUUAUGAUAGGUUUAAUUUCAUAGAUUGAGGAACACACAGUGACAUGAGCUUCUGGAAUAUAGUCCUAGAACCAGAUCAUCAUAUUUUUAAUCAAGUUGAUUAAUUUGUAUGUGCUUUUAUUUUUUAUUUGGGCCAUAAGCUUUUUUCCCCCACAAAAAUAUUGAGAGUGCUUGCAUAUACAACUUCAGAUGAAACCUGUAUUUUCUAUUGUUUGUAAAUAGAUUGAAGGUAUUACUUAAAAAAAAAACUUGAUUGAAAACAUAGUAGUUGCACUGGCUUUUCCCCUAUUGUGGGAAUAAAUACAUAUUUUGUCUACCUUUGAAUACAGUAUAAUAUCCUGUAUUUGGGGAGUGCCUUAUUUAAAAAACACUUUCGCAUCUAGUUACAUAUUUAAUCUUCACAGUACCCUGCAGAUUAAAAGAAGGUAGACCUCAUUUCCUAGAGGAGGAGGCAAAGGCUCAAGGAGGUUAAAUGGCUGCCCCGAAAUCUCACAUGCAGACUGGAAAGCGGGUCUUAUAACCCAAAGCUGAGCUCUCUGUCCUGCCCUUCGCUGCUUACCUGGAUGCUGUGCUACAAUACCAUUUUAGAUUAGAUCUGUUUUGAAGGGCAUGAAACUAAGGGGUUUUAUUAUUAGGAAAAAAGUCACAUAACAUGGUUGCUUAAGCAUACUUCAUUGUGGUGAGAAUAUUGUUGAGUAUUUAGUCAUUUAAAUUAUUCUUCCUAGAGAUAGAGAAAAUGUACUUGAAGAGUUAGUGUUUCAUCAUCUCUGGAGAAAUUUGUUUUAAUUUGUUAGUAAUUUAAUUGUAAAAUUGCAGAAGUAGGAAGCUAUGUGUUGAUGAGAACAUAAAACUAUCGCUCAGAAGUGUUCAGCAUACAAGGUAAUAUAAAACAUUAGGCGGAGACCAAACAGCUGUUUAUGUUUAAAGCGCGUACAAACAGCUGUAUCGAACGCUGUAAUGACGGUGAAUUUUUUUAACUGGCAGAUCUGACUUAAAUCUGUAAUUUCAGUUAAAAGUGAAUAUUUGAUUUGCUUGUACUUAAGAUAGAAGUUAAGAACUGUAGUGACUGAGUUUUUAUAUAAGGCAUAAUGAUAGUUGAUUUUUCUCUUGCAGAAACAGUCUCUUGGAGAUAAAACACUUAUGAGAAGGGAAACAGCGAAGGCUAGACUUAGGAGAGAAAGUACAGCAUCUCGUGUUUUUGUUUAUUGGGAACUUUUCUUUAAUGGCCUUUUAUACCUUCAUUUCUGUUUGCUUACCACUCUUCUAUUUAGGUUGGGUAGUUUUAUUUUUCGCCCUGUAAGUUCUUCCUCCCAAGUAAGUUGUGCAUGAAAGAUUGAUACCAAAUGGGAGUAUCGGGAAGGCAUGCAUAGGAGCUUUUCCAGUGUAUAUAUAACUUUUUAUUACUUAAAGUUUCCGAAGAAAAUAUGGCUCCACGUCAGUACUGGAUCAGUCUAAUUGAUAAAUACAUGAGUGUUAUUUUUUGGACUUUAUGUAUGUUUGAUAUAUUUCAUAAUAAAAUGUGUCUUCUCCCUAUCACAGUCGGCCUCUUUCACAUAAUAAAUGUUCUCUGGUUUGUCGUUGCUUCGAUCUCUGCUCUUCUUUUCCUGUCCGCUCUGGGGUCAUCAGCCUCUUUCUCUCCAUCCUGACGUGGAUCACUUGUCCUUCGGCCCUUGGGCUCGCAGCGCUUGACCCCGGAAGGCACCUUCUCUUUCUGCCCCUGCCAUGCAUAGGUGCCUUUCCAGAUC